GCACGGACAGCACCGAGGAGGAAUCACCCUCAUGGUAAACCGGACUAAAGGGACCAAAAUCCUCUGAACUGGGGGAAAAAUCCGUGGAAAGAUGCCAUCCAGGAGGAAAACAUCCAUGUUUGCCUCUGCUUUCUGUACCUGUGUGAGCUCCUUCGUGGUGAUCUGUGUGGUGCUGGCGACCCCGCAGUGGGUGAGCAGCGACGUUCGGUUCUCCCGCACCAACUCCACCGUCACCGUCAGCCUCACGUACGGCCUCUUCAGUGGCACCUGUGAGCAGUUCGUGGAUGCAGGACUCCUGGUGUCCGAAAAAACAUUCCAAGUCGCAGACGCCCUGAGCAGCGCCAGGAGCAGGAGCCUGAACGUUGCCAUCAUCGUGGUGCUGGUGCUGGCUCUGCUGAGCUCCCUGCUCAGCUCUGGCUUCACCUGCACCAACGCUGUCAGCAACCCCUACCAGACAUUCCUGGGACCCGUCGGAGUCUACACCUGGAAUUCCGUGUGCGGAGUCCUCACCCUCAUAGCCAUGAUUCUUUUCCCUGUGAAUGUCCAAGGAAACAGCCUGUCUCAAGAACUGGCCCAGGGAUGUUCCACCUCUCCGCAGACACACCUUGGAUCCAAACACAACUAUGGAUAUUCCUACUGGAUCAUGCUGCUCAUCCUUUUCCUGAACAUUGCUUCUCUCGUCAUCAUCUAUUUCUAUGACCACGCCAGAUAUUCCAAGAAGAAAGAGCAGGAAAGACCCAUUGAAAAUGCACCAAAGGAUGUUAUCCUGUUUUAAGGACACCUUGGAAAAGGGGGUGUGCAGGAGGAUUCAUGUGGACAGCAGAUUUCUGUUUGCUCUGAACUGUGUGCGCGGUUCAACUCCCAAAUUGUUGUGAGGACACCAAAGCCUCUUUCGGUUUCAGCUGCCUUCAGGCCUGGGCAGCAAGAUCAAAGACAUCGUUUGAGUUGUGUGGGAUUUGGGAUCUCGAGGGACAGGAAGAGUGCAAACAGCAGGAUCCCUUGGGAUCAGCAGAAAUGGUCACAGAACUGCUGGUGCUCCAUCUUCUCCUUUCUCUGCUCAGGGAUGUCCUGCAGGUCUGGAGGCUCCUGGUCAUGCCAGGAACUGCCCUUGUGGCCAAAACCCACAGAACACAGUGCUGGAGUCCCCAUCCC